UAUUGGAUGAUAUUAUAAACGAGGACUCGUAUGCGGACAUCAAACGAAGAGCUAUGGAAAGACAGAAAUGGAGAACAUGGGUGCCUAGAACCUGCCCUCGGGCAGAACACCAAUGAUGAUGAUGAAGCAGAUUAUAGAAAUUGCUGAUUGAGAGAAGAUUUAACUAAUAAAAUGUUAAAGAAAGGUAACUACACAGAUGAUAGAUUUGAUAGACUUAUGACUCAAUUUUGUCCAUCAGAACUCAACUUUCAUGCAAUAAAAAUGUCAUAUUCGCAAUCAGGAUCAAAAACUAAGUCGACUGACGUGUAUUUCUAUUAUUCGACUGCUUUAGUUUUUGUCUAAUUUUCGCACUGAAAAACUACCGAGAUUUUCACCACAAAAUGAAAAUCAAGUAAACAUUUCGAAAUACACAUUAGUCGACUGAGUUUUUGAUCUUGAUUCCGAUGAUAUUUUUAUUGCAUAACGGUUGAGUUCUGUUGGAGAAAAUUGAGAAUUACGAGCAGAACGCUGACGUUUCCGUUACUGAUUUAGAAAAAAUGAAUUUUCUCAAAAACGGAAAGUAAUUUCGAAAAAAGCUCGACGUACGUUUGCAAUCGGGCUUCUAGAGAACCUAUAGAUGUGCAAGUGAAAGUUCCAAUGACGCACACAAAAAGCUUUGCAAAGUUGUUUACUCGCACCUAAGACGGUCAGGUAGCGACGUCUAUGAUUGACAAGCUCUAAAGUUCGAAACUGAUCAAAUAUCAUUUUUCUAUUCAGUUUUAAAUGCUGAGUCAGAAAAAGAUAGUUUGAAAAGUUUGAAACAGAUAGCAUAGAAAAAUAAGACGAAAAUUCAAAUUUUUUCAAACUCGAAGGAUUUUGUGCUAUGAAAAAGUUGUUUUCAAAAAUUGAAAACUACAUUGCUGGAAAGCUGUAUCAAAUGGUGUAUAAUAAAUCCGAAAAAGAAAUCUUACUUUAACUUUGAACUACGCGCGCCCUACUAUGAUCUUUAAUUAACGUAACUGUCAUUAUUUGCGGUACAAAUGUUUUGCAAGUAUCUGUUAUGGUAAUUAAGUCUUACCGUUCUGAUUCAAUUGACCCUUGACUGUGAGAUUAAUUGUAGUUCAUCUCCUAUACUGGUCGAUAAUUUUAUUGUUCCGUCGCUUUUUCAGCUUGAAUACAGAAAACCGUAAUAACAUUUUCCAUUUGCUUCUUAAAAUCCUCUUUCUUCUGUUUUAUUAAACACAUAAAAAUGUAAUCUCAUAUAUUUCUUAUGUUUGUGUGACAGUUGAGCAGUUUAGUAGUUUAUUAUUUGUUAGGUGGGUGAAAUAUCUAAGCUUGUUAUAGUAAGUUGAGAAGAAUUUGGAACUUUACUUUAUAACCUUUUACAGUUCGUUGACAUAAACGUUUAGGUUACAGUACACUCGUAAUAGAAAUUUCUGAAAUUUUGUUAUUGAAUUUGUUAUUUUAAAAAUUGUGAAGUAUUUGUUUUAGUUUGCUAUUUUGCAGAUGUUAUUUAUCCUUAUUAACUUUCUAGAUAAAAUACGUUUUUUUAUUUUUACAAAUGGUUUAAAUAAAAUACAUGGAGGUAUCAUCAACAACGCCAGAAAAGUGAGUAUAAGCGUUUUUCUCUUUCAUAUUGCGUUAUUGAUUGAUUUUUUUCCACCAUAUGUCAUUUAGAUCUAUUACUAUUUCUGAUCAUAAGUUUGUUGGAUCUUUGCUAGACAUCACCCGUUAUGAACAGUGUUUUUCUGCUAUUUGGAUUGCUUCACCAUCUAUGAAAAAUGACGAAUUUCAUGUACAACUAAAGCAUAUCUUCGAUAGUUUAUUGGUAUUCGAUGAUCUUUAUAAAUUUAUUCAUUAUUUGGUUAAAACUAAUGAGGGAGUACCUGUGAUAUUGAUUAUUUCCCAUCAGAUAGCGCAAGAGAUUGUUUCGCUUAUUCAUGAACGAUCAGAACUUCUAUUCAUUUUUAUUUAUUGUCGAACUGAACAAGAAAAACAAGAAUGGGUAGUAAAACAUUACGAGAAAACAGCCAACAAAAUUUUUACCGAUAGAAAUCUUCUUCUACAUGAACUCUAUAAAUUUUUUCUUUAGCUAGAGAAUAUUUUGAUAAAGCAAUUGAAUAUUUUAAGAGUCACAACGAUAAUCGUUUAUGUGGUGUAAGCGCUACAGAAAAUUACACUGUCACAAUUCGGCAUAGUUCUUCGCUGAGUUUGUCAUUAUCAACCAUUCUAGACACAAUAGAAUUAAUAGCAAAAUCAUUAAUAGUCGAGCAUUCAAUUCCCUGGAAAAUAUUAAAUAACAUCGGUGUUUCAUGUUAUCGUUCUGGUGAUUAUGCAAGUGCAUUCAAUUUUUAUCACGAAGCUUUAAGCAUAGCAGAACAAGACCAAGAACGUUUUAAUCUUGCAGAUCGGUCAGCGGUUUACAAUAAUUUAGCUGUUAUUUAUUUUAAACAAGAAGAAUAUUUGAAAGCUUUGGAAGGUUUUGAUAUAGCUAUUACAAAUUGCUUUCCUUCAGUACUAGUACCAUAUUGCUGCAUGAAUGAUUAUAUAGAAAAUAAAUCUAAAGUAUUAAAAAUGAUGCAACGAAAGCAAAAAUGGACGGAGAAAUUAGGACAAACCAAUGACGAACAUGCAGUCAUUCUACAAGUCCAACCAACAAUUCUAUCAGCCACGAUGACGAACAGCAAAGAAGAAACAAACAAUGUGUUACCAAUAGAAAUGAAAGUACCACCAAAUAUAGAUUCAUGUUCAUUAUUAAUUAUAAGUUUAUUUCCAACUGGUAUACUAUUUCCUUUUGUAUUAAAACCACAGAUUAAUAUUGAAGAGUAUACGGAUGUUUUAUUAUGUUUAAAACAAAUUUCAAAAAUGGAUGAUAAAAAGAUUUUUUUUAUACUAUCCGACAUAUGUUAUGAAAAUGUUUUACCAUUAAUUCACGAUCAAAAACAAAUAGUGGCAAUUUAUUUAGACAAAUCACACAUAGAUAAUGAAAACGAAAAUGAACUAAAGAAAAAAUAUAUUAAAUUACGCCACGUAUCCGAUAAUCUUAAAUUAAUUUUCGACAAAGUGUUUAAUGAUAUACACCGAACAUAUACACAUUCUGCUAUAGUUCAUAAAUCAGAAAUAUCUCGAAGGAAUUAUGUUAAAAUGCUGCAAUUAUGCACAUAUAGAUAUAGAAAUGAUAAUAAACAGCUACAGGCAAUUGAUGAAUUUGACAAAAAUUAUAGAUCUUCUCAAGCUAUAUGGUGGUAUACUCAUACAGAUUAUACAUUUAUUCGACAAUUAUUAAAUGAAGCUUUCUGUACACGUGAUAUUAAUAUUGUACUUCAUUUUCAAUAUUUUAUUGUUGAUCUUUAUAAACAACUACAAGAUUUAUCGAAGUUGAUAAUCAAACCAUGUGUUACUGUAUUUCGAGGACAAACAAUGCAGAAGAACGAACUAGAUGAAUUAAAAAAUAAUGCUGGUGAAUUUAUGGCAAUUAAUACAUUUAUGUCGACAACAUCGUCGAUUGAAGUUGCUCGUUCUUGUAUAACUGCUGAUGAUAUGUCAGCUGAUGAACCUGUUCUAUUCGAAAUUAACAUAAAUGAAGAUACGAAAACUUUUGCUGAUAUUACUGAUGCCAGUUAUUUGAAACAAGACGAAAGAGAAUAUUUAUUUUCAAUUGGAACAAUAUUUCGAAUAGAAUUAAUUCAGCAAUUAGUUGACAAUAUAUGGUAUAUUAAAUUAACUUUAACAGACGACUUAAGUACAUUAAUAAAAGAUUUAAAAAAUGAAUUUGAUCCUAAACACUCGAUGUCACUAUUUACUCUAGGAAUGGUUUGGACAGAAGUAGAUGAAUGUGACCGAGCAUUAUAUUAUUAUUUUAUAUUAUUAAAAAACUGUACAUCUGACAACGAGAAAAUAAUUAUUUACAAUAAUAUAGCUCUAACGUAUCAACGACAAGAUCAGCCUCAACAGGCAAGAAAAUAUUUUGAUGAAGCAAUAAAAUUAGCAAAAAAUCGUUCAUCAUCGUUUUCUUUAUCGUCGUCAUCACCUGACACAGAGGAUUCAUUUGAUAUAAUAAAUGAUAUUACUUUAAAGCGUCCAGUCGUAAAUACGUCAACGCUGAGCAUGUCAUGCCAUAAUUUAGGUUGUGUUAUGUUUGAAGAAAAUAAUUAUGAAGAUGCUAGAAACAAUUUUGAUCAAGCUCUAAAACUAUUGUCAGACACUGAUUAUAUUCAGCAUGCAGACUUACUCAAUAAUAUUGGCUGUGUGUAUUAUCGACAACAAAAUUAUAAACUUGCAAUGGCAUAUUUUCAAGAAGCACACAAAACAGCUCUUAAAGUUCAAAGUCGUUUAUCAGUUAUGAGUGAUUAUUUAAAUAAUAUGUCAGUUACUGUGAGAAAGUUACAAGGGGAUUAUACUACAUAUAUUCGAUAUAUGGCUGGCUUGGUGAAAAUAAUACCGGAAAGGUCUCGUCUAAGCCGUGAUUAUCAAUCAUUAUCAUCAUUACUUGAUGUUAAUCAGAAUUUUAUUACUGUCUUUUGUAUGACACCAAAUCAUAAGAAUAUUGAAAUGGAAAAAAGUCUAAAACAACUUUUCUUAGUUGUGAUUUCAUUUAAUGAUCCACUAAAAUGCCUGGCUUAUGUUAACGAUAAUGAAGGUAAAUCAUCAUUACUAUUGAUUUUAUCAACUCAAAAAGCAAUAAAUAUGAUUCCAUUGAUUCACGAACAAACAAAUAUUCUUAGUAUUUAUGUUUUAUGUCAAAGCGAACAAGAACAAACAGGUUUAGUGGAUAAAAAUUAUACAAAAACUCAAAAUAAAAUAUUUAUUGAUACAACUUUACUUUUUGAAAAACUAAAAGAAUUUACUUUGGAGCACAAUACAGAAGAUAGUACACUAGAAUCAUCAUUAAGUUGUUUUGAUCUAGAAGAAAAACAUAGUCCAAUAAGAGAUUUAAGUCGACAAUCGCUUGAAUUCGUUUGGUUUCAGAUUAUAUUUGAAAUUUUAUUAAAAAUGCCCUUACGAGAGGAUGCAAAAACAAAUAUGGUACAAGUUUGUCGUCGUCACUAUAAUGGUAACAAAGCAGAAAAUAAGAAUAUAACGGAAUUUGAAUUAAAUUAUGAAUCCAAAACACCAAUCGGUUGGUAUACAGCUCCAUCAUUUGUUCAUAAAUUAACAAAUAAAGCGUUAGGUACACAAGAUGCUGACUGUUUAUUUACGUUUCAUUUUAUUAUUAAAAAACUCCAUAAUCAAUUACUUGAGUUACAUACACAGCGUAGCCAACCGAUAACGUGGCCUGUCUAUCGCGGUAAAGUUUAUCGAACUGCGAUACUUCAUACUAUGCAAAACAGUAAAGAUGGUCUUGUUUCAAUGAAUAAUUUUUUAUCUACAACAAUUGAUCGUAAUAUUGCAGAUGUUUUUAAUGCGAGAGAUACCCUACAACGACCAGGAUAUGAAAAAAUCUUCUUUGAAUUUUAUAUUGGUAAGUCUGUUAUCACCAAACCGUACGCUUUUGUUAAAACUGUUAGUGUAACACCAGAUGAAAAUGAAAUUUUGUUUUCUGUUGGAACUGUAUGGCAUAUUAAAUCAAUUGAUCAAGAUGAAGAUAAAGUUUGGAUUAUUAAAUUAGAAGCAAGCGAAAUAGACGAUCAUCACUGUGUUGAAUUAACAACAUAUCUGAAGGAACAAUUAGGUGAAACAACAAGUCUAUUAACAUUAGGUAACUUUCUUACUGAGAUAGGCGAAUAUGAUAAAGCUGCACUCUAUUAUGAUCUAUUAAUUCAAGAUUUACGGGAAGAUCAUGAAGAUAGAGGCACAGCUUUCAAUAAUCUUGGCUGUCUUUAUUACGAACAAGGUGCAUAUCCUUUAGCUAGAGAAUAUUUUGAUAAAGCAAUUGAAUAUUUUAAGCGUCACAAUAACAAUCAUUUAUCCACUGCAAUUUCUAAAGCAAAUUGCGAUGCCGCAAUUCGGCAUAGUUGUUUCCAACAGUUACUGAGUUCGUCAUCAUCAACCGUUCAAAAGACAAAAGAAUUAAUAACAAAAUCAUUAAAUGCUAAUCAUUCAUCUAUUGCCGUACUGUUCAAUAAUCAAGGUCUUUUACAUUAUCGAAAUGGAGAUUUCGAUUUAGCUCUGAACUGUUACCGUGAUGCUUUGAGCAUUUUUGAACAAAAUCAAGAAAAAUCUCGACAUUCGGUCGAUGUAUCAGUUAUUUACAAUAAUAUAGGUGUAGCAAAAUUUAAACAAGAAAAAUAUCAAGAUGCAUUUGAUCAUUUUGCAAAAGCGAUUGAGGUAGGAAUCCAAUAUCGUCCAUUAACACAUUCAUGGAUAGCCGAUUAUGUUUAUAACCAACGAGUAGUAUCACAAUUAAUAUUAACCAAACAUAGUGAGUCAUUCUUGACAGGUUGUGAAUGUGAAUCUAAAAGCGAUAAACAUUAG